GAAUAUAAAAAGUUCCAGGGGCUGCUUGUCUCUUGUUGAAAGAAGAACUGUGUUUCCCCGAUUCAGAUUCCUCAUCAUUCCAGAAUAACAAUGGUGGACUAUGAGGUAACCGUCUACACUGGCGACCGAGUUAACGCCACCACCUUGAACGGCGUGCACAUUAAGCUGGUGGGAACGGAUGCCGAGAGUGAGCGCACGUGGUUGAGGACUUUGGUCAUCUUCAGAGGAUCAGUGUCUACUUAUACUGUUUCCUGCCCAAACUCUCUUGGACAGUUGGUUCUGAUAGAACUCGACAAACGACAAUUCUUCCUUUUGCCUGAUGACGCUUGGUUUCCUGACCAGGUGGAAAUCAAAUCACCCGAGCAAGACAGAUACAUCUUUCCCAUCCACUGCUGGAUCAGUGACAGGGAGACUCACCGCUUUAGAGAGGGCAAAGCUUUGAGGAUCUUUGAUGAAAGCAACUCUCUUGGUCAAUACGCAAGGGAGCAGGAGCUGAGCCAGCGAAGCACAGACUAUGACUGGGAUUUGUAUUAUCCAGGUGUGCCCUACACCAUUAAGGCAGAUGGUCCUUUGAGCUUGCCAGAUGAGGUCCAGUUCUCCUUCACCAAGACUACAGAGUUUGCAUUCACAGCAGCUACAGGGUUGGCUGAGCUUCAGCUAAAAGGGCUGGUUGACAACAAGGAAAAUUGGCAAAAUCUUGACAAUAUCAAUUAUGUUUUCCGUAACAAAGACACCCCCUUAUCAGAUUACAUCCAGGAGCACUGGAAGGAAGAUGGAUUAUUUGCAUACCAGUUUCUAAAUGGAGUCAAUCCCACCUUGAUUCGAUGUUGCAAAACUCUGCCUAAAAAUUUCCCUGUGACUGAUGACAUGGUCUUCAUUCCUGAUGGAUCAAGCUUGUCGAAGGAGUUGAAGGAAGGCAACAUAUACCUGUGUGACUACAAGAACCUGGACGGGAUGCCAGCAAACACCAUACAAGGGAUGCAGCAGUACUUGAUGGCUCCCCUUGUCUUGCUUCAUAAAAGACCUGACGACAAGCUGAUGCCUAUUGCCAUUCAGCUGAAGCAGACUCCGGCUGAGGAUAACCCCAUCUUUCUCCCAACUGACUCUACAUAUGACUGGCUGACAGCUAAGAUCUUUGUGAGAAGUGCCGAUUUCACGGAGCACCAACUCAACGCACACUUGCUGCGCACUCACCUGCUGGCGGAGGUUUUUGCGGUGUCACUGCUGCGCAACCUGCCCAUGGUGCAUCCUUUGUACAAGCUCCUCAUACCCCACACCCGAUACACUCUGCAGAUCAAUGAAUUAGCUCGAAAACAGUUGAUUGGACCAACUGGAGUCUUCACCCUGUUUGCAGCUUCUGGUGGAGAGGCUUUGACGAUGAUCUUGGCAAAAUUGCUGUCAUCAAUCACCUUCAGGUCCCUUUGCAUCCCUGAUGACAUUGUUGAUCGCGACUUGCACGGUGUCCCUAACUUCUACUACAGAGAUGAUGGACUCCACCUUUGGAACAUCAUGUUUAAAUAUGUGCAAGGAGUAAUACAGUAUUACUACAAGAGUGAUGACGAGAUCCAGCAAGACUCAGAACUGCAGACUUGGAUCCGGGACAUUUUUGAACACGGAUUCCUUUCCCAGCCACAAACAGGAAUCCCUCAGAGUUUCACCACUGUGCCUGAGCUGAUCAAGUUUGCCACCAUGGUGAUGUUUACUAGCUCGUGCCAACAUGCAGCUGUAAACAGCGGACAGUACGACUAUGGUGGCUGGAUGCCCAACACCCCCGCCACCCUGCAGCGUCCUCCACCAACCGAAAAGGGGACAACAAGUGAGGCCACAAUGCUGGCGACGUUGCCCCCUAUCAAUGUGACAGUUCAGGGAAUGGCCACAGUCUGGCUGCUAAGCAGGCAGUCAUCAGACUUUGUCCCUCUCGGGCACUACCCAGAAGCUCAUUACACUGAAGAGACUCCCCGUCAAUUGCAAAUUGAUUUUAAAGCCGAGCUUGACAUGUUGUCGAUCGCGAUCGGCAACAGAAACCAAGGUCUGGAAAUCCCUUACACUUACCUUGAUCCAAAGAAGGUAGAGAACAGUGUGGCCAUCUAAACAACGGAAAAUCACAAUCAAAAAGGAGGAUGCCAUAAAUCACAAAUGUUUGUUUUCAGUGUAUACAGUAUGAAUUAAUAGUGUUAUUCAACAUAUUUUUUUUUAAUAGGGAACCUUCACAGUUUGACUUUCAAGUUUUCCAAUUUUAUCCAAUUUUCCUGGAGAAAUAAUAAAAAGUGACUUGAUUAAUUCCAGGCCAAUCUGUCACUGCCAUCAUAAAACCUGUAUUAACUGUACAGGCACAGUUUUGUGUAACAUUACAACAGUGGUAAUUAGCAUACAAGUGUAAAGAGAUAUUAAUGAAAUAAAAUUAAAGUGUUUAAGUAUGGCCUGAUUUGCUGACGUUUCAUUUGAAGUUAGAGGCAUAUUCAUGCAGAAAAGUUUUAACUUUAAACUGCAUGACCCUCAGGUCAUUGCGCAACCUCCCUCUUUUAGCCACUGUGCAUAACAUGCUCAUUACGAGAGCAAGGGGUGGAUCGAUACUAGUGUGACCGGUUGGGUUGAAAUACAACAUAGUUAAAAUGUGUCAAUUAAAUAUAUUUUACAUUCUGCUCUAUGCCGACUUGAAUACUUAACAGGUUAAGGGAGUGUGAAAAGUGUGCAAAACUCUGUAUUAAUUAAACAAUGUAUGCAUGCAUGAUAUGCAAAUAAAAGUUUAACUAUCACAA